AUGAGCAGUUCAAGAACGGAUCACACGUUUGAUGAUGUAUUGGCGUAUGUAAAGACAGUAAGAUUUGUGUUUGAAGAUAAGAUUGAGAAGUUUGACGAAUUUGUUAGACUCAUACGUGAUUAUGAAGCCAGAAGAAUUGAUGUAGAAGCUGUCAAAGAAGGAGCGAUAGAGUUGUUUGAAGAGCACAAAGAUUUACUUUCAAGAUUCAAUAUCUUCUUGCCAGGAAACGAAAUCUCACUUCCCUUGGAUGAUGAACAACAAGGUGAUGAUGAUGAACUAGCGAUCAAAGAUGAAAAACAAGGUGAUGAUGAGCAGAAAGAUAAUGAUCAACAAGGUGUUGAAGAUGCAUUCGCGGCCAAAAAUGAACAGAAAGAUGAUGAUCAACAAGGUGAUGGCGAUACAUUAGCGGUCAAAGAUGAUGAACAUCAAGGUAAUGACUAUGCAUUAGCAGUCAGUGAUGAUGAUGAUGAUGAAUUUGCGGCUAAAGAUGAACAAAAGGUUGAUGAACAAGAAGGUGAUCAUGAUGCAUUAGCAGUCAAAGAUGAACAAAAAGAUGACGAACAACAAGGUGAUGCCAAUGUAUUAAUGGUCCAAGAUGAACAUAUUGACGAACAACAACGUGAUAACGAUGCAUUAAUGGUCGAACUCGAAGAUGAGCGUAAUGAUGAUGCACAACAAGGUGAUGACGAUGCAUUAACAAUCAAAGAUGAACAACAUCAAGGUGAUGAGGAUGCAUUAGCAGUCAAAGAUGAUCAGAAAAAUGAUGAGCAUCAAGCUGAUGAUGAUGAUGAUGAUGCAUUGGCAGUCAAAGAUGAUCAGAAAAAUGAUGAACAUCAAGCUGAUGCAUUAGCAGUCAAAGAUGAUCAGAAAAAUGAUGAACAUCAAGGUGAUGACUAUGCAUUAGCAGUCAGUGAUGAUGAUGAAUUUGCGGCCAAAGAUGAACAAGAAAGUGAUCAUGAUGCAUUAGCAGUCAAAGAUGAACAAAAAGAUGACGAACAACAAGGUGAUGCCAAUGCAUUAAUGGUCCAAGAUGAACAUAAUGAUGAACAACAACGUGAUAGCGAUGUAUUAAUGGUCGAACUCGAAGAUGAACAUAAUGAUGGUGCACGACAAGGUGACGGCGAUGCAUUAACAAUCAAAGAUGAACAACAUCAAGCCAAAGAUGAUCAGAAAAAUGAUGAACAUCAAGCUGAUGCAUUAGCAGUCAAAGAUGAACAGAAAGAUGAUGAACAUAUGGGUGAUUGUGAUGUACUAGCGGUUCAAGACGAUGAACACCAAGGUUAUGAUGGUGCAUCAGCGGUCGAAGAUAAGCAGAAUGAUGAUGAACAUCAAGGUGAUGGCGAUGCAUUAGCGGUCAAAGACGAUGAAUACCAAGGUGAUGAUGAUGCAUUAGAGGUCCAAGAUAAACAGAAAGAUGAUGAAGAAAAACAAGUUUGA